AUGUCAUCUAUUACUACUAAACUUGCCACUGCAACAGUUAAUCGAACUCUUUUCAAUGCACCGUAUUCCUCAGUUGCUAUAAAGCAAUUAUUUGAGGUUUCUAAUAGUUAUCGUAGUGAAAUAAAUGUUAUUCCUAGUGCUGCCUGGGCAGCAGCACAACGGGGACCCGACGGCUUAGUCACUGCAAAAACUUUUAUGAAUGCGGCAGUGAAUUCCAGUAAAUCAGUAAUAGUUCCUGAUGCCCCUAAAUAUAAGAAAGAUAGUGGAACGUAUACCAGUCGUUCAUUUGCAUAUUUGAUGGUGGGAGCAACAGGAGUAAUGACCGCAUCAGCGACCAAGGUCUCGGUUACAGAUUUUCUUACAAAUUUAAGUGCAUCAGCGGAUGUAUUAGCGAUGGCCAAAGCGGAAGUAGAUUUAUCGAAAGUUCCGGAAGGUAAAAAUAUUACUAUCAAAUGGAGAGGAAAACCAAUUUUUAUAAGACAUAGAACAGCUGAUGAAAUUGCUGAAGCAAAUUCAGUUAAAUUAACUGAUCUUAAAGAUCCACAAAGUGAUGCUGAAAGAGCCAGAAAACCCGAAUGGUUGAUUAUGAUUGGAGUGUGCACUCAUUUAGGAUGUGUUCCUAUUGGUGAAGCAGGGGAUUUUGGUGGUUGGUAUUGUCCAUGUCAUGGAUCUCAUUAUGAUAUAUCUGGUAGAAUUAGAAAAGGUCCGGCACCACUUAAUCUUGAAGUUCCACAAUAUGAAUUUGAAGGCGACACUUUAAUUUAA